CAGUUGGUGGCAGCAACGUACCGUUUUGUCGUUUACUAUAAGGAAAGAAGAGGCUAGCUAGGUUUGGUGUUAUCCAGUAGCUGAGAAUAUGUAUGUGCUUUGUUUGGUUGUUUUUUAAACUAAAAUGUGAUUUUCUUAAACACAAUGCUGGCUUGAUAGUCAUCCGGAUAUGGCAGAAUUGCCUGAACAAGGACAUCGACUAAUGCCUAGCCUCGCUGACUUGCCUUGUACCAGAUGAGUUGGUACAAGAUGCUGCUGAAGAUGCCCCAGAAGCUGCUGCGGACUGCCCACUACAUAGACCUGGGCAGCUACCAGCACUGGCCGGUGCUGAUUCCCCAGAGGAUACGACUGUACACCUACGAACAAAUCCCCCUCUUUCUCAAAGAAAACCCCUUCAUCACAGACGGCUACAGGGCCCACCUGCCCUCCAAACUCUGCCUUAGGAGUAUUUUCAUUCUGUCCAAUGAGACUGUGAACAUUUGGAGCCACCUUCUGGGUUUCCUGCUCUUCUUCUCUCUGGGGGUCAAUGACCUCUCCUCAGUACUGCCAGCCUCUGGAGCCAACAGAGAGGACUACGUCAUCUACACUAUAGGACUGUUCUGCUUCCAGGUGUGCAUGUUGUGUUCUGUGGGGUAUCACCUGUUCGCGUGCCACCGGUCGGAGAAGACUUGCCGUCGCUGGCUGUCGUUGGACUACGCAGGCAUCUCUGUUGGCAUCCUGGGCUGUUACGUACCUGGGAUCUUCUACGCUUUCUACUGUAACGCUUUUUGGCGACAGGUCUACCUGCUGACCGUGCUGUCCCUGAUCCUGGCCGUCUUCUGUGCUCAGGUUCACCCCCGUUACCUCAGCAACGACUGGCAACGGAUUCGGACGGCGAUCUUCUGCUGUGUGGCUGGCAUCAGUGUGAUUCCUGCCUGUCACUGGGUCUGGCUCAAUGGAGGAUUCACCACUGCUGUUGUACAGCUGUUCCUGCCUCGUGUGCUAGUGAUGUACCUGAUAGCUGGAUCUGCCUUCCUGUUCUAUGUCACCAAGAUCCCUGAACGCUAUUUCCCUGGCCAGCUGAACUACCUGGGCGCCAGCCACCAGGUGUGGCACAUACUGGUGGUGGUGAUGUUUUACUGGUGGCACCAGACGGCUCUAAACAUCAUGCACUUCAGGCACAGCCAGUCCUGCCCGGCCCAGACCAGCAGCAGCUAAGUUGAACUGAUGAAAUGUUACGGAAAGGCAAUCAGCUGCAGGCUAAUAUCUAUCAUUGUUAGUAGACACCAGUUAAACUCAAUAUGUUAAUAUUCAAAGAUUUCUGACCAGUCAGCUGCUGGUUAGAAGUCGCUGCCUAAAGGUUUUUCAACCACUAACUACCAGAAGCUCCUGACUAUUAGCUGCUAAGGUGUGAGCCGUAGAGUCUGACGGUAGCUAGUAGCUUUCACUGAGCCCAAGCACUUGGUUACUGUUUGGCUGCAGUCAAAGGCCACUAUAUAAGUCUACUGUCUCCAACAGUAGUAAUCAGAUACGUGGCUUGACUCUACUGUAAAUGUUCAAUUCUCUUAACCAACAUAUCAAUGCAUGAAGCAGGAAUUUAAAUUGGUUUGUAGGAACCGACUAAGGUUUGGUGUUUUUAAAUUGGCAAACAUGUUAUCUCAUGGUUGGUUUAGAUUGUGAUUCUGUUUUUGUACAAAAGUAUUGAAAAUGUAUCCAUAAGGAUUCUUUUGAAUCAAACAUAAUAGCCUGUAUGAACAAAGACUUCUUUGUUCGAUCUAUCUUUUCCUACAACAUGAGAUUGUAUGAAAUGUCUCGACAAAAGGCGGAACGCACCGAACAAAAACACGACCACUGGAAAUUGUACAUGUGGACACUGUGAGAGACUGUGUCUCUGGGAGAAGAAAAGAAAAAAAAAAAAACACCUCAAGCUUUUGAACAAAUAGUUAAAGGUCAAUCAACCGAUCAAUCUGCAAUAUCUAAGAACAAAAUUUGGCAACCAUAUCAAGCCUACGGCACGUUGUUUUCUAAGAACUGCUUGAUUUGUGUUUUUGGUGUGUACUUUUUUCACAAAGCCAGUAUGUUAGGGCUGCACUAAGCAAGGUGUCAUAUCCGCCUAAAUCCCAGAGCAACAGAGUUAAUCAAAAUGUUGAACAAUUACCCCCUUUGCUAUAACUGCUGUUAAUAGAGUAAUGGAUUUAAUCUUUUCACUAAACAGGAUGUGCCAUCACAAGGCAAGUGAUGAAAAAAGCCUGAUUCAAACAUACUCUUAGCUCAACGACUAUGGCUAAAUCCAUUGGUUAUCUCCAUCCCACAUCACUUACUUAAAUUUGAUGAAACAUACAAUUGUGGCCAGGAGACGGGCAUUCAGUCGACCUGAGAUUUCCAAUGAGGCGAACAAUGCUGUGUUUAUACAGGGUGAGCUCAUCCAAAUCACAACGACAACAUUUUGAUGUGCUCUGAGAUUUAUGCCACCACACAAAUGCAAUGGAGGUGAAUGGAAUUUCAUUUUUGGAGCUCACAGCAUUGGGAAAUGACGUUUUGUCAUUUUUUUUUAAAGGGAUACUUUGCCGAGUUCCAACAAGCUUUGUAUCAUAACAUUGUGGGUAGUAUGUGUAAAUGAACUGUGGUAACCUUCCAUCCAUCUUUCUAACGCCCAGAUUUUCAUGCUCAUCUCCCAGCUCAAAACCGCCGGAUUACACGUUCCGCGUCAUUCUGCGACAUUUUGCUGGCUCGAGAGCUGUCGCCCGAACUACAGAUUUUACUUCCGCAUACUGACACAAAAAGAGUAUAGAAGCAGAUCGAGAGAAAGACGCUCCUCUCGCUCUCUCAAACUCAGACCGAACUCAGAUUAAACUGUGAAACAGACAGACAGCGCUCAUCGAAUUUAAACUGAGAUCAUGUUACUGCAUUGGCAAUUUUUCUCACCUAAAAUGUUUUCAGAAACACAAUUUAGCUUACUGUUUUUUUUUUGUUUUUUUUUUUAACUUUAAUACGAGAUUUGUUACCAGUUUGUGAUCAGCUGUCCGCCAUAUUGCUUUCUGUGACGUGCUCGCAUUCACAGCGGGAGCAUUUAUUGGUCCGGUGUGGCACAGUGCGGUCUGGUAGUUGGAGGUAUUCUACCUUUUGAGCAAAAGGGAAUACCACAGCUCCUUUCCUCUGUUCUCUCUGGUCAUGUAGCAUGAUUUUUUAAAAAUGUUUUGGCGCCAUUCUACUGCAUAGCAACCCAGUUUUAUGAAAAGAUCCUCUUCCCAGUGGUGAAAUACUUCUUUAAGCUGUCACUGAUUGGUCAACCAAUAGCCAGGUGGCUAUCUGUUAUCAGCCAUCAGAUGUCACCCCUGCAACUGUGUUUUUUUCAUAAAGGCUGCAUGUGUGAAAGACGGUUGUUAUUGUCUAUUUGAUGCUGUUGUUUAAAUGAGGCCAGUGUAAAGUGUUACAGCAACCUGAAAAGAACCCUUUUCCCCCACAGUACACUUUGGGACAUAUUUUAAUGUUUAGUGUUGAUUUUUACAUAAUUCCAGUGAUGUUUGUACUUCAUUUGCCUUAUUAUCUUUGAGUACAUGUACUGUAUGAUACGCACUUACUGUUACAAUCGGUUUUGGAUCAAGAAGAGAACAUAAACCAGAACAAAAAAAAAUAUUCAAACCGACCGAUAUCAUCUUUGCUGUUACACCACAAGGCCAGUAUGGUUUGUUUUUAUGUAGUACAAUUUAAUGUUUAGAACAAGUUAUGAAUUUUAGUUGCGAUCACUUUCUUCUGCAGAGCUGGAAGACGCACUGUACAGGUGCUGAAAGAAGUGACUUCAUUUUGCCUUUAAGGGUGUGUGUUUAUUUGACAUGAACAUCUAAUUAUCAUAAACUGGCUUAAUAUUUUUUUUUUAAGAUGUCAUGAUUGUUUUAUCCUAUUUAGAUUGUGUUUUCCUUGAAUAUCAUUUGUAUGAUAAAGCACUGUCGCUGAUGAGAUGUAUAAUAUUUAUUUCAGUGCCUGUGUGAAAUUAUAUUUUUAAACAGUUUGAAUGAAUAAAGAAUGCUGGGAAAUAAA